AUGAGAAGGGAAGCCGUGGAGUCCUGGAGCCAUCUCCUGAAGGAGUCAGCAUGGGCAUUACAAGAUGUUGUUGGGGCAGCCGCCUCCCUAAACCCAGCACUACAGUACAGCAUUGAUAAAGCAAACAAGGCUGGCUUGUUUGUGUUUUGCAUUUCUUCAGAAAUGAGCUGGCAGUUUUGUGAGAAGCCUGAGGCCCAAAAGGCAUAUCGAGGACUGUGGCAGAUUAAAGAUGGCUGCAAAUUCUUUGACACCGCUCCCACUGAGAGCAGAACUAACUACCGCAUCUCCUUUGUGCUAACGGAGGGGACCUUCCCACGAGUUGGAUAUGCUGUAGCCCAGGACGUCAGUGUGCGGUGGUGGAGCCCUGUUCUGGGCACCGGUGCCCUGGGGGCCCUGCACACCCUGCAGGGAGGAGCAGGCCUGCUGGCAGCCACACCACGUCUGCGGGGCUCGGUGCGGCCGCCCGUGAGCGCCGAGGCCAGGACCCCGCGCCCCGUGCCAGCCCUGGCGUCUCCUCCACUGGGAUUUCUUUCCGAGGCGUCAGUGCCAGCCCAACCCCCGGAAGUGCGCGCCGGCGGCCCCGGCGAAGAACUUGAGAAGCCAACUGAGGCCAACCAAGUUUCAGAACCUUUACUGCCUCACACCAGCGUCAGCAGGGAUGAACUGUUUUUGCCAGAUAAUCCUCUGUUCCUGACAGCACAUCUCUCCCCAGAAGAGAAGCGAGGGAGGUGCCACCUUGAUCCAGCUGAAGCAUUUCCAGGAAGCUUCUCUCUGGAUGCCACGUCGAGGCUGCCCUGCCGUAGCACAGAGCUGGUGAUUGCCGAGUGUGUGGACAUGGCUUUGCUCAGCAACAUCCUGGCGGCCUAUUCCUUUGUCUCAGAAAACCCCGAGCGCGCAGCUCUGUACUUUGUCUCCGGCGUGUGCAUCGGGCUGGUGCUCACUCUGGCCGCCUUGGUGAUGAGGAUCUCUUGCCACACAGACUGCCGGCAGCGUCCCCGGAAGAAGUUCCUGCAGGACCGAGACAGCAGCAGCGACAGCAGCGACAGCGACGACGGCAGCUCGGACACGGCGUCUGACAUCUCCAUCAGGAGACACCGCCGCUUCGAGAGGACUUUGAACAAGAACGUGUUCACCUCGGCCGAGGAGCUGGAGCGCGCCCAGCGACUGGAGGAGCGGGAACGCAUCAUCAGGGAGAUCUGGAUGAACGGCCAGCCCGAGGUGCCCGGGACCAGGAGCCUGAACCGCUACUACUAGGGGCGGGAACGGAUGCCCGCGUCUCAGGAAGCCGCCGGGGAGGGCCAGGGUCCGCCGGCAGGGUGGGCACAGGGCUGAAUGCAGUUCUGCUUAAGCCCUGGGGGCAGAGAUAAGCAGGACACGCCCAUUUCCAGACAGGAGGACUCAUCUUUCCUUUUCGAUUAAAUUCAUGGAGAAGUAGAAAACCCAAGUCAGUUCAUCAACCUUUCCAGGUCUUGGAACGGUGCUGAAAACCCUCUCCAACAAUGUGGGUGGAGAUUAGAGAAACGGGACUGUGGUUUCUCUUGAUUUCUGAGGAUCUCAGAAGUUUCUGCAGACUUCAUUGCUUUGUGUUAUUCCUUUACAAAAGGAAGAUUUUCAUGGCAUGAAGGCUAGGAAUAGCAGGGUGAACUUAACCCAGUAAAUGCAAUUUUCUAAAUGACCCCAUGCUAUGGAGGUGAUUCUCAUCCAGAUAGCAUGAUUUAUGCUUAUUAUUUAAGGCUGAUUUUUAAAAAUCUUGUGUUGCAAUGGCAACCUUGUCCAUUUUAACUGGCACCUCAGGGAUUAAAAUCCUAUUUUUUAGUAUAGUUCCCACCUCAUUCAUGAAGAUGGAUAGAAUUAACGUAUUAUGGGAGAUGUGUCAGUGAACUAGAAAAUACAAAUAACCUCAAAGGAUGAAGGGUUUUAUUUUAAAUAGUUUAUAAAAUAUAUAUUAACAUGCAUAUUUGAAGAUGCUGCAUAAGAAUAAAAGAUGUGUCUCCCCUUGCCUCCCACCCCUUUGGAGGAAAGAAAUUUUGUUAUAAAUCUAGAUACUCAUGAUUUUAAACAUUUUGUUAAAAAAAACAAGUUUGAAUUUCCAAGAAAAGAAUGGGAAUGGGAGAUGAGGAAUAAAGCCAAAAUUAGGAUGAGAUAAAAAAAAAAAUAAAUACUACAUAAAAUC